UAAUUACUCCUCACAUCACAGUGUUGAUCGUUGUUUGAUAGUAGGACCAUCUCAACGCCUUCCUAGCGCCAGAUGUCUGAAACCGGAGCUUUUGAGUGUAGUAAAUUUGUGGUCCAAUUAUGAACUUUCAUUGUUGUUCGGUGCGGUCGUCCGAAAGAAAGUGAAGCCUCUUACUAUCCAUCGGUAACCAAGUGCUCGUCAGCGGUCAGUGUGAUCCUACGACGAAAACUAAAAAAGUGAGAUUAACGUUUAACGAAUCUACAUCUUGACGGACGUGGGAGCCGUUGCUCUUCACGAGUGCUACUGAAGACCACUGGACAGCUUGUACUUUCUUCGGUGGACCGUAUCCGUUGCUGGUGUCAAAACUCCCUCGCCGCCUGAAUACCAAAGUUUGUGCGAUUGUGCUAUAUGAUACAUUGCUGACCGGGCGAUGUCAAUGAUAAUGAUCGUUACCGGCCAUCACCGUUGGAAGUGAAUCAGUGAACGACGUCCUACGCGUACAAACUAGGCAACAGACCACAGAGUUCGCAGUUGUUCAUCAACGACCGUCAAGGGAACUGCUGCAGGCGAAAGUUCGUAUCCGGAUCGAUCGAGAGAUAAAGGCCAGGCGGUGUACCAAGUGAAAUAGAGUGCGAAAACAUAGUUAGAUGGCGCCAUAGUCUAUUCGAUGUUGAAGAGUUUUAGUGUUUCCGAAGCAAGUUAGAUCAAAAAAGUAGAUACGCUAAAGUUCAAAACCGUGAGAGCACGCGACAGGUGAAGAAGACGACGUCAGUCGACUGUGAUAAGUGAUUGUUCAAGUGAUGAGUGUUGAGCAAUUUUAAGAAGAAAGCAUUGGGAUAUAUUUUCAGUUCAAAUUAUGUCGGCAUCAAUCAUCAAUAUGAGUGCAAACACCACAAAUAACAACAACAACAACAAUAACAGCAUAGUGACAAACAACAAUGAAAUACUGACACCGGAGGUGCAAGUUACCGUUAAGGAUCUUCCUAUUACAUUUAAGGUCAAAUAUUUGGGCAGCCAGUACGCGCGUGGUUUGUGGGGAAUCAAGCACACGAGGCGACCCGUCGAUCAUCUAGUCAGCGCCGCCAAAUCUCUCCCACCGAACAAAAUUCUUCCCUACUGCAACCUAGCGGUAUCCCUUGAGGGCGUCCGAAUGGAAACGAUUACCUCCAAACAGAGUUUGCUGACAAACUUCACCAUCGAUACCAUAUCCUACGGCGUGCAGGACCUCGUCUAUACCAGGGUAUUCGCGAUGAUCGUCGUCAAGGAAAACUACAACCUCAAGGACGAGAAUCCUUUCGAGGUUCACGCCUUCGUGUGUGACAGUCGAGCGAUGGCCCGCCGGUUGACGUUUGCCCUGGCGGCAUCCUUCCAGAACUAUUCCAAAAGGGUGAAAGAGGCUGAGGAACAUAACAUGGGUGACUCCAAUGGAAAGCCCCUGAGGAAAAAGUUUGCCAUCGACCUGCGAACACCGGAAGAAAUCCAGCAGGACAUCACCGAGCAGGAAACGGAAGCGUGAUUUCACUUGAUUCACUUUGAUAUAUUAAUCUUUUGCUGCCACAAUCUUCGUUGAACGAAUGUGAAAUCAGAUAAAGAUUAAAGAACAGUGUUGUGACUAGUCGAUUUUAUACUAUUAACGCAUAAAUGUUAUCAUAAUGCCCCUAAGGUGAUCGAGAUGACCUGUACCAAGGUCGACAGGAUACAAAUACCAAAAUCAAGUAAAAUCAUUUUUCAGCAAAGAUAGAUUUAAGAGAAGAAAAGGAUGUAGCAUAUGAUUUUGUUGGAAUAAUACACACUUAUUGAGAGAAGCUAUAUUUUAUAUGAAUGAAGAAAACAAAUAAAUACAAACCGAGAGAAAUUUA